CAUUUGUCGAGUGCUGAAGCGUUCUUCCGAUUGAGACGCAUCGCCGUUCAUCCAAGUCCAUCACUGUCCGGCAAUGGAAGUUGCUGAUGGUCCUGGGUGCACGGCCAAAGAGAUUCACGGAUGUGACCAGCGUGCCCCACUGAUUGAAUUUCACCAUGCUUCCUUUCAACGCCCUUUGCGCUUGGAGCAGAGAGGUGCCACGUCGGAGAGCUUCGUGCAGGGCACUUCGUCGGUGCUGUGGCCUGCGGCCACGAAGCUGGCGACCUACCUUUGCGAUGGCGACGACGGAAGACCUGGGGCGCCGGGUGGAAGGCCUUGGGCAGCGCUUUCGGUGCUCGAAGUGGGUGCUGGCUUGGGCUUGGUGGGUGCAGCCUGCGCGGCCUUGGGUGCAAAAGUGGUGCUCACGGACUGUGGUGUGGCCGUGCCCUUGCUGAAGCGAAACCAGGAACUCUUGGCAGCGGACUCUGUGAACGUAGAGGUUUGUCAACUGGACUGGGGCUCCAAAUCGGACGAAAGUGCCAUACUCAAAGAGCAUGGGCAGUUCGAGCUCAUCGUUGGCAGUGACAUCAUCCUCUCCUCCUUCGACUUGGAUAAACUGUUCAGCAGCUGCUACGCCUUGCUAGCGCGAUCUCCGGAGGCCAGGCUUGUGCUUGCGUUUGAGUUCCGAGAAGAUUGGGAAGGAAUCAGCAAUUUCAUUGGAUGGGCAGAAGAGGCACAGAUGGAAGUGCAACAUCAGGAGCUGGGGGAUCCCGAUGAUGAGAUUUAUCUCUACAUCUUCCGAUGGAUCCUUUAAGCACAAUCCGAGGAAUGCAGUCGCACAGAGGCAUUCUCACUUGGAGUCGCUCAGUUCUUCCCAACUGGCCCAAUUGGACAAAUUCAGGACAUGUCGAGGACGCGUGACGGGGCCAGGUUGCCCUACAAGUUGUGGACCACUCCAAGCUUUCAAGGCUAGAUUGACAAAUGGUCUUGCUAUAUCUCACAUGGGAGAUGGAACCUCCAUGGAAUGCUGCAGCUAUGGACAUUAACGUGCUCUGGCUAGCUUGGCACGGUGCACUCGCAGUGCGAAAGCAAGUCCAAAGAUUCGG